AUGGCAGGCUUCCCGAAUCUUGUACAGGACGUGGCCCCAAAAUUUCAUCAUAUUAUACUAACGUCUUCUAGGCUCAUGGGCGGUGACAUUGUGACAGUAUACGUCGGACCUAGAGAGAAGCGUUACUCUGUUCACAAGGCACUCCUUACAUCGCAGUCGGAGUAUUUUGAAAGGGCCUUAAAUGGCAAAUUCAAGGAGGCCGAUGAGCAGACUAUCCGCUUACCGGAGGAUAGUCCAGAUGCCUUUGACCUUUUAAUUGGCUGGCUGUAUCAAAAUCAGAUCCCUGUUCUAGGAUAUGGCCCGGGACCUUUCGACGAGUUUCGCAGGGGUAUAGUUGUGGGAGCAACCAAGCUACGAGUAGGAAAUGCUGCCCUCCCACCAAAUCGUGGGACAGGCAGCGUUGCAUAUCGGGCGCAUGAGGAGAUAUCAGCUACAAUAUUCGUGCAGCCACAGGGAAAUAAUAAUAUGCGAGAUCGAUUCGACCAUAUUUCACUCAGACAGACUAUAACCAAUAUUGCCCAGAGGAGCUUCGAUUAG